AUAACAGGGGAGGGAGGAGGCUUCUAGCAAAAUAAGCAAACGCGGUGUGGUCCUACUGGUCUGCCGUAGCUGGAAGAGGGUUCAUGGCUGCUGCAGGGAAGAGUUGCUGAUGUGAUGGCCAGUUCAUAUCAAAUAAGCUGACAUGGCAGACUACUGGAAAUCGCAGCCAAAGAAAUUCUGUACUUACUGCAAGUGUUGGAUUGCUGAUAACAAGCCUAGUAUAGAAUUUCAUGAAAGGGGCAAAAACCAUAAAGAAAAUGUUGCUAAGAAAAUCAGUGAGAUUAAAAAGAAAAGUAUGGACAAGUUAAAGGCUGAUGAAAAGAAGUCCAAGGAAUUUGCUGCAAUGGAGGAAGCUGCAUUGAAGGCCUAUGAGGAAGAUCUUAAGAGAAUUUCAGGAGCAUUGCCUGUUGCAGCUCCAGCAAGACCGAGCAUCCAAGAGAUAAAAGCACGAGAUGAGCAAAAGUGGAAGGAGAUUGAAGCAAUAGAAAAACACCAUGCCAAAAGACAAUGGACAAAGGGGGUUUCUCCAGAAGGCUACCCAUACUAUUACAAUACUUUAACUGGAGAAUCUCAGUGGGAAGCACCAGAAGGAUAUGAAGAAAAGGCUGAGGACUCGAAAAAGAUUGAUACAAGUUCUGUGUGGGUUGAAGGAGUCUCUGAAGAAGGCUUUACAUACUAUUAUAAUGCAAGCACAGGAGAAUCUAGGUGGGAUAAACCAGAAGAUUCUGAUCCAACUCCGCCAAAAGAUAGUGAAAAUGAGGCUGAGGUACCUACAGAGUCAUCCGCAACAGUUGAGGCGGACUCUACAUCACCCACAGAACCAACAAUAGAUGAAGAACCACCCGCGGAAGAUAAAGAAGCAGAAACCUCUCCAGAGAAACAAGCACCGAAAAUAAAUUUUAGGGGGCAAAAUGAGUCUAAACCAGAUAGUGAUCACGAAGAAGAAUGUGAAUCCAAAAAAGAUGGCAGUGAUGAAGAAGAGGCCAAGCCUGUUAAUCACAAACCACAAACAAGACGACCAAAUCCUUAUGGAGUUUGGGAGGAAAUUAAAGAAGAGGAGGAUCCCUACGAUAAUGUGGAUUUAGAGCUUCCUGAAGUGGAAUAUGAAAAUCCACCAGUGUCCGUGACUGACCUUCCGCAGGAGCCUAAAUUGAAAUUUAAGGAGAAAAAAAUAACUUCCCUUGGAGACACAGUGGGUGGGUCUUCUGUCUUCAAAAAAAGAAAGCUUGAAAACGGCAAAUCUCGAAGCAUACGCCAGAGAGUCAAUGAAUAGUAAAGGACUUGCUUUUUGUAACAGCUCAUUUUUAUUUUUAAUGGAAACUUUGCAAUCUGAGUUUUUUUUGUUUUUUUUAGAUAACUGUGCAUGGUGUGAAAUAAUAAAGAUUGUAAAGAUUUGAUUUUUAUUUUUACCUUCUUAGUUUCCCUGAUUCAUGUUUUCUAUACAAAUUGCAAUUUUUCAUCCUAAUUUCAAGAACCUGUGUAUCUCUCUCUACAGCUAUCUGGUCCUCACUAGUAUCUUUAAACAUAAUGUUUUUUAUGAAACAAACUAUUGAUCAUAAAUAUAAAAGUACAAAAAGAGAUGGACGUUCAAUCAAAUCAACUAUUUGCACAGUAUUCUCUUCCAGUAUCAGUGAUCACACAAGUAAAAAAAAGGGACUGUUUUUCAUCAAGUGCACAAUGUUGUUAAUACUUCUUGGAUAUUUCGCAGCACCUUCCCAGGGCCAACAUUACACCCACCUUAUGUGCGCAUAUGCCUGUGUGAUAUUGUACAGAAUCGUUUAGCUUUCAUCCCACAUUUUCCCAUUUUUAACACACAGUGCCUUGCAACAUCACUUUAGCUGACAACUAAAAUUGAAGAAAAGUUUGUUCAUCUCUAAUUGAUAUUUGGGAGGAUCCGAUGUAUAGUUCUAAGUCUGCCUGUGUGUGUUUGUGUUUUGCAGUGGUUGCCAUAUAUUUUUAUAAAACAUUUCUUUUUGGUAUGCAGUUUUUUCCUUUAUUGUGUAGAAUGUAUAGAUUUGUAUAUAUUUGCCUUGUCAGUAAUAAGAUAAUUCCAAUGUGAUCUUUAGGGUGUAAAAGGUUGGACACCCGUGCUAUAAAUCCUACAUAAAUCUGUAUAUGCAAAUUUAAAAUAAUAAAAUUACAUGAAUCCCUUUCAAAUUGUAAUAUAAAAUGUCCAAUUGUGUUAAAAAAAUAAAUUAAAACAAUUUUGCAAUCUA